AUGGGCGACAUCGUGCGCGCCGGCUGGGUCACCAAGGAGUCGCGGCACUGGGGACGGUGGCGGCUGCGCUGGCUCGAGCUGGUGUACGAGGAGGGGACGAGCGUUCCAAACCUGUGCUCCUACAAGGCGGCGCGCAUGCAGUGGCCGGAGGAGCCGCCCCGGCCGACUGAGCGGCUUCCUCUGGUGGGCGCGACGUGCUUCCCGUGCCCUGACGACGGCACCAUGGCCGCCGGUCGGCCGCACGCCUUCGCCCUCAACCUCCGCGGGCGAGACUUUGUAUUUGCGACCGAGACGGCCGACGAGGCGGUCGAGUGGGUGCGCUCGCUCUCGCUCGCCAUCGCGGAGCUCGCUCUGCGCCUCGGCGGCGUCGAGCCGUCGAGCAUGCUCGCGGGCGGCAAUUCGGAGCUGAGGGGCUACAUUGCGGCGCUGCACGGGUCCCUCGACGCGGUCGCGCUCGGGCAGGUGAACCGCGGCAUCGAGGAGCUGCUGCAGCGGAAGGGCGAGCUGGAGGCGGAGCUCGAGGCGGCGAGAGAGGCGCGCGCCGUGGCUGCGGCGGCGUCUCCGCGGUUGGGCCCCUCUUCGCCGCGCGCCUCGCCGGGGGAGAUCUCGAUCUCGCCGGCGGAGAUCUCGACCUCGCCGGGGGAGAUCUCGAUCUCGCCGGGGGAGAUCUCGACCUCGCCGGCGGAGAUCUCGACCUCGCCGGCGCCACUUCGCGCUCGCGAGCUAGCGGCUGCGGAGACGGAGGUGGCGGAGCUCGAGUGUGAUUGCUGCGACCAAGCGCAGCAGAUCGCUUGCCGCGUCACCGCUGACGGCCGCGAGAGUGACGACAGCGACCGCCAGUACGAGCCCUUCCGAGGCUCGAUGGCGCGCCACUCCUCUCGGCUCUCCACCGGCUCGUCCACCGCGGACUUGCCGGCGGCGGAGGCGUCGACCUGA